UUGCACAUGGCCUUGGCACCUCACAGCUGCAGCCUAGCAGGCGAGAGCGAGAGCAGGCGCUUCCUGCUGCAGAGGGCUUGCAGCAUCUCCACUCGCUUAACCAGCUCCAGGGCAGCGAUGAUGGCUCGCAGCCGGGCGUGACCGUGGAGUCUCGAUCUGCCAUUGCAGCUUGUCUCCAGCAGUAAUCAGGCUUUUCCCAGCUCUGCCUCCCUGCGAUCUUCCAACCCCAGCUCUGCUACCAGGGGAAUCCUACAAGCAGCGUCGGGAUGCUCAGGCUGCAGAGCUGGACACACUGAUGAGUCACCAGGAGUGACUGGUCUGGUACCCUAAGGCAGGAAACAAGAGAAGCUAUAAAACCACCACUCACUGCAGCCUGCUGGGGCAUUUGGGAGAGCAGCAUGGGCCGUGCAGUGGGAGAGUGCUGAAGGGCAAGACUUUGACGCACCCAUGGGCACUGGGGUAGAACCCCAAGAAGCUUGCAUCUCUUCUCUGCACCCCCAGCAUCAAGCCCCCAGGCUGGUUGGGAAGGGACCAGCCUCUCCUCAUGCUGGGCCAGGAGCUGAGCCGCCCUCCAAAAUGUGUCUGUCCUCCUGCCACAGAGAUGAAGCAGGGAUGACCUCUGCUGAUGGAGGCUGGGCGCGUCGCCCCUGGAAGCCGGACCCUGGGCCGCCCGUGCAUGCUCUGCCCCUCCUGCUCACCGUGUUUGUCUGGCUGGCCACUGGCACCACCAUGUCCAGCCUCAACAAGUGGAUCUUCACCAUCCACAACUUCCGGUAUCCCGUGCUGCUGUCGUCCCUGCACAUGCUCACGGCCGUGCUGGUAGGCUACCCGCUGGCCAGGCUGCGGGCACGUGGGGACGGGGGCAUGGCCCUGGGCGCCAGAACUAAGGCCAGAAUCUAUCUUCUGAGCUUGACCUUCUGCGCCAGCGUAGCCUUCGGAAACCUGGGCCUCAACUACGUGCAGCUGGACUUUGCCCAGAUGGUGUACACCACCACGCCCCUCUUCACCCUGAUCCUGUCCAAGGUGCUGCUGGGUCAGCGCCACCACUUGCUGCAGUACGCUGCCAUGGGGCCCAUCUGCUUGGGCGCCUCCUUCAGCAUCAUCGGGGAGGUGCACUUCGACCAGGCCGGCUGCUGCUUCCUCUUCGCUGCUACCUUCCUCCGCGGAUUAAAGUCCUUACAGCAAAGUACCCUGCUGCAGGACAAGAGGCUGGACUCUGUCACCUUGCUCUGCCUGACGUCCCUGCCCAGCUUCUGCAUUCUCUUCACAGCGGCUGUGGUGCUGGAGGUGGGGGCAGCCUGGGAGGGCAUGCUGCACUACGGCAGCGCUCUCUGGGCCUGUGUCCUGCUCAGCUGCCUGGGCUCCGUCCUCUACAACCUGGCCAGCUUCUGCGUCAUCUCGCUGACCUCCGCCCUCACCAUCCACAUCCUGGGCAACUUCAAUGUGGUGGGAAACCUGGUGCUGUCACACCUCCUCUUUGGCAGCCACUUGAGCGGGCUCAGCUACGCGGGCAUCGGCCUCACCCUCUCGGGGAUGUUCCUGUACCACAACUGCGACCUCAUUGCCAGCUACUGGGGCUCCAGACUGGCUCUGGGCCAGGGCCAGGCGAAGCCAGAAUGAGUCCUGUGCUGGGGCACAGUGCAACCCUUGGACUGUACAGACUGCAGUGCUCUGUGUGAGCGUGUGUGCAUGUGUGCAAACAUGUGAUCCCAAUUACACGCACACACAUGUGAACACACUCUCUCCACAGCCUUUAACACAGCCCAGCUGGGCUCUGGUCACCCAGCACCGCUGCAGCAGUCGCGUCUGGCACCAUUGUGGUGAAGAGGCCUGUUGUGGUGUUGCACUUGGGGCGCCGAUGCCAA